UUUGUUGCGCGUCUCUGGUCGGAGCCACAGCUCAUUCGCCUGCGAAAGCUAAGCAGCGUUUCGUUUUUUGACUGAAGCACUUUAUUUCUGAAGUUCGCCAUGUCUGGACGCGGCAAGGGUGGCAAAGUCAAGGGAAAGAGCAAGACCCGCUCCAGCCGUGCCGGGUUGCAGUUCCCUGUGGGUCGUAUUCAUCGCCUGCUGCGGAAGGGAAACUACGCCGAGCGCGUCGGUGCCGGCGCUCCGGUCUACUUGGCUGCCGUCCUGGAGUACUUGGCCGCCGAAGUGCUCGAGUUGGCUGGAAACGCGGCCCGUGACAACAAGAAGACUCGCAUCAUUCCCCGGCACCUGCAACUCGCCAUCAGAAACGACGAGGAGCUGAACAAGCUUCUCUCUGGCGUCACCAUUGCUCAAGGUGGUGUGCUGCCGAACAUCCAAGCCGUCCUGCUCCCCAAGAAGACCGAGAAGAAGUCCUAAGCACACUGGCUUGCUAGGGUUCCACGCCGGCAGAUUGUAUCUCGGUCGGAAUGAAUUCUGUCAAGUGUUCUCAUCCUCAUUCGCGACGCUGUUCAAAAUUCUGCUGUCAUUUUUUUUUUCUGCCCUGUACAUAGCUGAAAGUGUAAUUUGUGUGUUGUCGUCUCUGUGUAUAAAUCUGUGUGUGUAAACAUCUUCGUGCUGAGCUGUAUGAUCAGCUGGUGGCAGUAUUUCAUGUGAAUAAAGUUCCCAUCUUGUUUACCUA